AUGGACUUAAUCGCCAAUGAAUGUUGGAGGGAGGCAGAUGGUUGCAGAGCGCUGAGCACGCGGAGCUGCGCACUGUCUGUGCUGAAUGCCCUCCCGAGGAAGACUCUACCAGUAACUUGCCGCAGCUGCGUUAUGUACGCCUUAAACUACGCCCUGCACUCGAAGCUUUUAUUUGCCAACCUGCUACAAGUGCAAAACUGCAAUGAAGAGAGGAACCUCAAAUUGAUAGGCCUCAGCAAGGACGUCGGGUUGGUGAGAGAGUAUCGAAUCUACCUGAACAGCUUGGAAGCCAUUUCUGCCGCAAAAAAUGUCAGAAGCCAAGUCCUCAUUUUGCACAUAAAAAAUGGAAGCAAACUGGUGGACAUGUUAAAGACAGAUGGACACGAAAGAUUCACACAGGUGAUGAGCGACGCCUUGCUGGAGGUGAUUAAGAAAAGCAUAGGCACUUACACGAAGCAUUUAAAGCAUGACAGCUCUUUUAGCCAAAAUGGAGAAACAGAAAUAAAGUUGGAUGGGGCAAAUUUAAUCUCCCUUACGAUAAAUGGCUAUUUGUACUUGGACCAGACAAGCGGCGAAAUUUUGCGCCUCAAAGAUUUUGGCCUCUUCUUUGCGGAAGAUUCUUUGGAGCAGUUCGUUUCGAUGCUAACCGGGGGGAACUUGUUUCUGCAGGUGGAGAUGGGGACCCCGGGGGGGGGAGAGGUACCACAAAAUGGUGACCCACCCCUGGUUGGCGAUCCGCCCCAGAAUGGUGACCCACCUCAGGCUGGCGAUCCGCCCCAAAAUAGUGACCCCUUCCCCAUUGGGAACCUGCUCACCCUGAUCGAGUUCGAGCUGGCCCUCAACUCCUACUUGCACUUGGGGGCGAACUACUUCUCCAAGGCAGAGCUGCUGAUGAAGAGGGUCUUUUACGCGGAGGGUCACAACGCGAACGGGGUGUUCAGCUACGGGGCGAACAGAAAUGACAGGUCGGACAGGUCGGGCAGAUUGGAGGGACUUAUGGUGGACAACUUGCUGGCCAGCGCGAAGGGCGCGAAGCUGCGCAGAGCCCAGCAAAGCGGUCACUUGAGAGGUGCCACACGGAAGAACCUCUUCAGCGGCGCGCCCCUAAACGAGCACAGAAAACGAAUCGAAGAAUUCAAACGGACGCAGCUGGAGCUGAUGGACGACCAAACCAUCUUCUUCAUCAUGCUGGUGAAAAGUCUCCCCGAAAAUAAAUACACCCAGAUGAAGAGCGUCAUCGUGGAUCUGCUCACCAAGCCAGUCUACUCAAAAUCGCUAAAAGGAUUUUCCUAUAAUGAUGGCAAAAAGGUUAACAAGGAACUAAUCGAAGUCCUGGGGGAGUCCUACAACGACCCAGUAAAUAACCUCAAAAGGAGGACGAAGCAUUUUGGCUCCAGAAUUAACAAAAGGGAAAUCCAGGCCAUCGAAAAGUUAAUACAACAGGGAUAUAAACUAACCCAAAUAGCUUUUCACAAUUAUAGCUCCAUACCGCUAAACAGUAGAAAGAGCAUCUACUCAGCCGUUAAGAUGUUCUCCCUCUUUGAGCAUAGGGUACAUUACCUGACUGGAUGGGAUGCACACAUUUUAUUUUCCAAGAGGAUAUACCCUGAAGAUAUGGUGGAGAAAAAUUACAACGUGUACUCCUAUGCACAAAGUGGGGGCAACUACUGGUUCAUUAUAUGCUGCACGGUCAUUCCCCUCUUGGUGAUUAUUUUGUCAUUCCUUCUGUACAAGUACUUGUUUCACGAUAAGCUCAAGUUCUCCUUCCUCUUCAGAAAUAGGAAGAACAAAAAACGCAGUAAUGGCUCGUCGGGCGGCGCGCACAAGUACUAUAGGCACCUCUCUGGGGGCGUGAACUUGUCCAGCGCUCGCCGACAGCACGCGGACCGGGCGGAGCUCCAGCACUUGCUGCGCAGGAGGAAUCGCAGGGCGGAGAUGAAGGAAAAGCAGCGAGGAAAAUAUCGCGCAAAAGGGGGUGAAAAAAACGGCGAAAAGAAUCGCGAAAAACAAGGCAAAAAAAAUAGUUCAAGUAGUAGCGCAAAAACGGACGCAAAGGUGGACAGGACCGGCAGGGCGCACAGACCAACCGGCUCUGCCCACGGCAACGAGGCCGAUGGUCGCAACAAAUUGGCCGAAGCGACGCACCCGGGAACAACGAAGAAGCGGGAAACCAAGAGCAGUGACUUCUUCAUGGAGGAAAUCCAGCCCAACUAUGAUUUCGAGUAG